CAGCCGCCGCAAAAGCCUUCCCUUUCACCGCCCCUGGGGCUUGAGAGAAAACAGUGACGUAUUUCCGUUUCCGCUGCCUCUUCCUUUUCCGGUCCUCGAGGAAGGUGCAUCGGCAGGGACUUCGGCUCCAACCCGCGGGUGUGGGAAGCGACAACAGUCAUGGCGAUGUUUGAGCAGAUGAGAGCGAACGUGGGCAAGUUGCUCAAGGGGAUCGACAGGUACAACCCUGAGAAUCUGGCCACCCUGGAACGCUAUGUGGAGACACAGGCCAAGGAGAAUGCCUAUGAUCUGGAAGCCAACCUGGCUGUUCUGAAGCUGUACCAGUUCAACCCAGCGUUCUUUCAGACCACAGUUACCGCCCAGAUCCUGCUAAAGGCCCUCACCAACCUGCCCCACACCGACUUCACACUGUGCAAGUGCAUGAUCGACCAGGCACAUCAAGAAGAACGACCAAUCCGACAGAUUUUGUACCUCGGAGACCUGCUGGAGACCUGCCACUUCCAGGCCUUCUGGCAAGCCCUGGAUGAAAACAUGGACCUCUUGGAAGGUAUAACUGGCUUUGAAGAUUCUGUCCGGAAAUUCAUCUGCCAUGUCGUGGGCAUCACUUACCAGCACAUUGAUCGCUGGCUGCUGGCCGAGAUGCUCGGGGACCUGACGGACAGCCAACUAAAGGUGUGGAUGAGCAAGUAUGGCUGGAGCGCUGAUGAGUCGGGCCAGAUCUUCAUCUGUAGCCAGGAAGAGAGCAUUAAGCCCAAGAACAUCGUGGAGAAGAUCGACUUUGACAGUGUGUCCAGCAUCAUGGCCUCCUCCCAGUAACUUUGCAGGCGUUUAAUAAAGCUUUGUUGACUUAGC